UUAAUUAAGAUAUCAGAAAUUGCCCAUCGCCAAUAAGACACCAAAAUGAACCGAAAACCGCAAUCAGUGCAGCAAUUAUCCCCUAAUAAGUCACUAAACAGUAGUCGCGAAUCGAGUAAACGAAAGAGGAUUAUUCCAACCAACUCUUUGCCCAAUGGCAACCGAAAGACAGAGAGCAAGGCCGGGUUAAAAUCAGUUCAGCCAUUAGAGCCUCCACCCCCAAAACGAUCAUGUCGCAGAACUUCCCAAAUUACGAAGACGUCUUCGAACAACGAUGACAACCAUAAGAAAAGUUGCGAGCCCAAAAUCGAUUCAGCCGAUCAGCUGCCGAGGAAUAAAGCUGAGCCUCAACCACCGAAGCCUCAAUCGUCAAAAGUUCUGCCAUCUGAUCCGCAACCGCUUAAACGAUCAUGUCGAAUAACAGCGCACCCUACGAGGUCAUCAAAUAACACUAGAAAUCUUAAGAAUGAUGUCAAAGAAGAUUCAACUGAUCGGCUAGCAGGGAAUAAAGCCGAAGGUCAGCCAGUACAGCCCCCACCACUAAAAAGAUCAUACCGCAGAAUACCGAAGAAGUCUUCGAACGAAGCUCGUAGCCUUGGGAACGAUAACAACCAAAAAGAGAAAAAAUUCGUAUCCAAAGGCGAUUUAGCUAAUCAACAGGCGAGCAAUAAAGCCGGACCUAAGCCGCUGAAGUUUCAAUCGUCAGAUGUCCAGCCACUAGAACCGCCUCCACCAAAACGAUCAUGUCGCAAAACUUGCCCACUCACAAAGACGUCUUCGAUAAACACCAAAAGCCUUCAGAACGAUGACAAUCAAAAGAAAAAGUGCGACUCCAAAGACGAUUCAGCUGACCAGCUACCCGGGAAUAAAGCCGGAGUUCAGCCACCAAAACCUCCACCUCCAAAACGAUCAUGUCGUAAAGCUGCGCAUCUUACGAAGACGUCUUCGGCCAACACAAAGAGCCUUCGGACCGAUGACAACGAAAAGAAAAAGUAUGAAUGCAAAGGCGAUUCAGCUGAUCAGCAACCGGGGAAUAAAGCCGAGCCUCCACCACCAAAACGAUCAUAUCGCAGAAAAUCGCAUCUGACGCAGAAGACUUCUAACAAACAAGAAAAAAGAUGCAAAUCCAAAGACGAAUACUCGGCGGAAGUUUCAGAACCUCAACGACUGCAGCAGUCGUUAGAAGCUCAAGCACCAAAGCAAUGUAAUCGAAAAACAGCGCAGCCAAAGAAGGCGUCUUUUUACGACACUAAAAGCCUUCAGAUCGAUGACAAUAAAAAGAAAAGGCGUGAGACCAUAGACGUUUCAACUGGUCGUCUGCUGAGGAAUAAGGCCGGCAAGUACAUGUAUCUCGAUUUAAGCGAAUAA